CGUCGCUUUGAGAAAUAAAUCAUAUUGAAUUUUUUUUUUUUUCAUAUUUUAUACGAUAUUGAAUGGAAUUCAAAUAUAAUAGCGUUUAUUUCAAAAGUCUCUGUGUUAUAUUUUGUGUACUGUGGAUACUUUGUUAAAUAAAUGUUCCUGUAUGAUCCAGGAAUGCUUCUGUCUAUCGAGUGUCUUCGCCUAGUUAAAAUCUGUAUAUUUGGAUACAAUAAUUUUGUUUCGUGACGAAAGUUACUGCUUUAAUCUCAUUAUUUUAUUAUUUCAUAUUAAAAAUGUAUGCUUCCAUCCCUGGAUUACCGGAAUUAGGGAUGGUAUGGAUGGGAGAUAUGAUGGUACAUGGAGAACCUACACAUGAACUUAUGUUGGAUCCUCGUCAAGCAGAAAGUCCAUUCUUCUCUCAUGGUUCAAAUCCAUACGAAGACAUUAGAAAUCAUCAAAUUGCACCUACUACUAUGGUACGGUAUUUACCACCUCAGUUUUCUAAUGAAUGUUCUGAACCUGACGAAGCUAUGGAAGCUGUUGAUGCCCAGGAAAUACAACAGGAAUAUGAUUCACAGUCUGAAAGACAAGAAAUGGCAGAAUAUUUAACAUUAGAAGAUUACAUGGGUGAUGAAGAACGGGAACAAGUUGUAAACAAUGCAGCAACCCAAACUACUCAAGACAAUCGUAAUAGGAAAAUAAAACCUAUAAAACAUCCUGGGCUUGUUUUAAAAACCCCGAUUGCAUACCAACCUCAUACAGACUUAAAUUUUAUUCCUAUUCGUAAAGAUGGUAUAGCUGUUUGCGAAAAAUGUGGUGCUAUUGGUGUAAAACAUGCAUUUUACACGAAAGAACGUAGAUUCUGUAGUAGAGCGUGUGCAAGAUCUUCGGAACAUACCGCUCCUACUGCUGACUCCACGUAUAGUCCAUCACAUUCAGUAGAGACACCUGCAUCUGUAAAUCCAUCUUCUCCGAGUGAAUCUAAAUUAAUAAAGAAUACUAUAGUAAAAGAAGAAGCAGAUGUAAAGGAAACAAUUGAAUUAGAAAAAGAAAAAGAAAAAGUGAUAUCUGAACCAGUGAUGCCAGAGGAUUUACCUGUAAGAAGGAAAAGAACUGCUGAUAUGGCAGGUUCUUAUGAUUGGACCCCACAACUGGUUGAACCUGGUUUUUGUGCUGCCCCAGUGUCUUGCUUUAAACAUGCACCUAUAUCGGAAAUAUGGGAUAAUAUAACGGUCGGAAUGAAAGUAGAAGUGGAGAAUACAGAUUGUGAUGAAGUAUGCGAAGCUUUCCCAGAUUCGUUUUGGGUGGCUACUGUAUUACGUAUAUCUGGGUACAGAGCUUUAUUAAGGUACGAGGGUUUCGGGCUUAAUGCCGAUAAAGAUUUUUGGGUAUCUCUGUGCUCGAAUGAUAUACAUCCGGUAGGUUGGUGUGCAACCAUUGGAAAACCACUCAUUCCACCUAAUACAAUUGCUAACAAGUACAAAGACUGGAAGGAUUUUCUAAUGAGACGAUUGACAGGAGCAAGAACACUGCCAACUAAUUUUUAUAAUAAAGUUAAUGAUAGUAUGAAAUCGCGUUUUAGAUGUGGACUUCAUUUGGAAGUAGUAGAUAAAAAUAGAAUCUCGCAGGUAAAGGUAGCAACAAUACAAAAAAUUGUCGGUAAACGUUUACAUGUAAGAUACUAUGACUCACCACCUGAAGACAAUGGCUUUUGGUGCCACGAAGAUUCUCCUCUUAUACACCCUGUUGGCUGGGCGAAAAGAGUAGGACAAACGUUGGAUGCAUAUCCGGAAUAUUUGGAACGCGUAUCGAAAUCAAAAUUAUGCGAAGACGAUGCAACAGAAGAUCUUUUUUAUGUGCCAAAGAAUCAUCAUUUACAUCUUGGAUACACAUUUCGAGAAGGAAUGAAAAUAGAAGCCAUUGAUCCCCUUAAUCUCUCUGCCAUAUGUGCAGCAACGGUUAUGCAAGUUUUAAAAGAGGAUUAUAUAAUGAUUCGUAUAGAUAGUUACGACGAAGAUGCAAGCGGUGCUGAUUGGUUUUGUUAUCAUUCAUGUUCACCUUGUAUUUUUCCAAUUGGAUUCUGUUCGCAACAUGGUUUACCGCUUACACCACCAAAGGGAUACGAUCCAACUACAUUUACAUGGGACGCGUAUUUAACAGAGACAAAUACUGUACCCGCUCCGGUGCAAUUAUUUAAUAGGGAAAUACCUCAACACGGAUUUAUCGAAGGAAUGAGGCUCGAAGCAGCUGACCUAAUGGAUCCUAGAUUAGUUUGUGUUGCUACUAUUACUAGGGUAAUUGGGAGGUUAUUAAGAGUACACUUUGAUGGUUGGGAGGACGAAUAUGAUCAAUGGCUAGAUUGUCAAAGUCCUGACAUUUAUCCAGUUGGUUGGUGUGAUCUUGUUGAUCAUAAACUAGAAGGGCCCCGUGUACUCAAUAAAAACACUAGUCCUACUGUAAAAUCACCGAGAGGCCUUAAACGUAAAGCUAAGCGAAAAUUGAAGAAAAGCAGUAAAGUUUCCUGCGCGAAAAACAUUCUACCUCGUCACAGUGAACGUAUUAGUAUGGCUCGUGAACGUGAACGAGAAGUAGAGCCUGCCCAGGGAAUAAAAAUCGAGAGAGAACGUGACUUGGAAAGUUUACCGGAACAAAGAAACAGGGAACCAGAGCCAGCAGAAGAACCAGCUGGGCCUGAUCAAACUCUGCCUAGUCCUACUACUGGACAGGGUCAAGCAUUAAACGAUACUCAAAGUGAAAUACAAAACCCUCCACCGCCAAAAGAAAGAACUGCAACAACAUAUGUUAAUGUAACAUCUGCCACUAAUAAGUACAUCCCAAGGUUAGCAGAUGGUGUUCAAAAAAGUUCUGAAUCUGGUGAUUUAGUGCCAUCUGAAUGGAAUGUGUUUGAUGUUGCACAAUUUCUUCGUGUUAAUGAUUGUGCAACGUAUUGCGAUAAUUUUAGUAGACGUAAAAUAGAUGGAAAAACUUUGUUGACACUCACUAAGGACCAAAUAAUAGACCUAACAGGUUUUAAAGUUGGUCCUUCUUUAAAAAUAUAUGAUCUUAUUCAACAAUUGAAAAUCAAAGUGAAUCCAGCUCAGGAAAGGUUGAAAUUAGGAUUGAAAAAGUUAUUAUAACAAAAAUAGUACAUAGUUAAUACUAUGAAUAAGUUUCAUCAUUGCAUAAAAUAAACAUGGAUUUACAGGUAAGGCAUGUAGAUGCAAAUAAUUAAGAAUUUAAACUUCACUGUGGUUAUAGAUAUUCUUUGUUAUAUGCUUUAAGAAUAAAAGGUACAUAUAUAUGUAUAUGCAUAAUAUACGUAUAUAUGUAUAUAGACAUGCAUACGUAAGAAAAAAAAGUGAAACAACAAAAAAUCUCAUUCUAUUAUCGAAGUUAUGAUUAAACGAAAGAAUUAUUCCAUUUUGGGCAUGAAUUAAACGUCAUAAACAGCUACGGAUAUGAUUUGAGGAAUCACGCUAUUAUUAUAAUACAUAUAUGUACUAUAAACUAAAAGAUAAUAAAAUAAUUAUUUUGAUA